GAAAAGUUCGAAUUGAAAAAUGAUGAUAUUAUUAAACUAAAUCUAGUUAUGAGACUACAAACAGAUGUUCCCCUAAAAAUACGCAAUUUACAAAUCAUUAUCACCGAUGGCUCCAACAACUACAAACUGCAAGCCUCGCAAUAUAGUAAACUUAACGAUCUGUUGGCGUUGAGGGAACACUUCAAUGAUGACUCGAAUGCCUCACAGAUACCACUGCAACAAUUUGAGCAGAAUUUCAAAUUGGAACCCACAUUCUACUAUCGGUUUCUUUUCACCACCGAGGCCCAACAAUUCUUAGAAAAUACUCAAUUACGUGUGGUGCGCAUAGAGGCAUUAAUUGGCACCGAGAAACUUUCGGUGCUGCUGUGUAAAAGUUCACCCUUUAUGAAUAAGGCCUUUCGUUAUCACAGUCGUGUUCGUGAUUUAGAUGACAAUAUCAUAAUUAAUCCAAUUUGUUAUAUUACUCCCACGUAGGUCAUCAUUAUUAAAUCAUCAUUUGAGAAAUU